AUGGCAUCCCAUCCCCAGCAACCAGCUUUCACUCCCACCUCCCAAAUGGCCACCCACCCACCUGCCACGCCCCCUCCGGCCCCGUACCUCGAAGCCCGCAUAGGCUACGACACCGGGAACCUCGCAUAUUAUGUCGCCAAAGCCGACGAGCAAGCCGAGAACGACGGAAUCGCUGUCUCUGGAUAUCCGAGGCAUGGGCCCGAAGCGCGCGGUGGAGCUGCCGGUUGUCUCGUCGACUGGAACGGACAAGUUGUACCGCCAACGGCCUACCGUGAAGCAAUGGAAGAUGUUGGAAGGAUACCUGGGUGA